AUGUCUAACAACACUGUCGGCACUCUGUCGAUCGACCAGUGCGUCGAUCCCAACGGCUCUCUUGUCUUGAACGUACCUAUUCGUGUCCCGCCUGCUAAACUCGCCCCCACUGUGACUAUCUCAUAUCAUUCUGCCGUCCAUGAUCAAAGCGUCAUGGGCCACGGCUGGUCCCUGGAUGCAUUUGGCCUGGUCCAGCGUACUGCGGCGACGGUGGCUCAGGAUGGAUUUGCUGGAUCCGUCAACUACGAUGCAAAUGAUCGUUUCACGCUCAAUGGGCAGCGAUUGAUGAAGAUAUCGGACACAGAGUAUCGUUACGAAGUCGAUCAGUGGGCCAAGGUUGUCGCUGUCGGUUCCAACGCAGCGGAUCCUGAUAGCUGGAUCGAAUAUCUUCCUAACGGAACUGUUCGUGUCUACGGGACCACCAAUGACUCCAAUAUCAAAGCCCAAGGCCAGAGCGUAACUCGAGUCUGGGCGGUCUCGGAAACCUAUGAUUCCUUCUCCAACUAUUCUUCUUUCGCAUAUGUCAAUGAUACAUCCAAUGGUUCUUUCUAUGUCUCCAGUAUCAACUUUGGCGGAAACAAAGAUUUGAAAAUGUCGCACCAACGCGUACUCAGCUUUGCUUACGAGAACCGUCCCGAUAUCGAGACCGAAUACACAGGAGGGUACCCUGUGACGCUGACGCAGCGUCUCUCAUCCAUCUCUGCUACCGUCAAAGGCUCUCUUGUAUAUAAGCAUUCUUUCGUUUACGACACGGCUCCGGUAACAGGAUGGAGUCGACUGCAGAGCGUCGCGCUAUCCGACGCUUCAGGCACGUCUGUCACCCCUCUUGGAUUUGAUUGGUGCAACUCUGCGGAAACUGUGUUCGACAAUCUGACGGCGCUCACCCCACUCAAGCCCGACGUCUCGACUGCACAAGUAUUCCCUGUGGACGUUGCCGGUCGCGGUAUGACCGAUCUCAUUCUGGCCUCAAGCCAAUACGACUCUGGUUCUAACAUGCUGUAUCUCGAUGUUCACCUCGCGGACGGAUCAGGAGGCUUCAAUCGUACGGCCGAGAAAGGGUCUGGUUCGACUAAGCUCUUGUAUCCCACACAUCUUCUGGCUGUCGAUGCAAAUGGCGACGGGAAGACUGAUUUGCUUCAUAUCAUGGGCGAUUAUUCAUCUGGUGAUACCGAACACAUCCUCACUGUGCUUCUUUCGACGGAGAAUGGAUAUGUAGCGCAACGAGAGACCACCUUCACUCCCGAUGUUCCAGACGGACAAUACUUCUCUGGAGAUUUCGAGGGAAAUGGCAACGUCGGUUUGAUCUAUCUAUACAAUGAGUACGCAGGUGGAUCGCAGGCUUUCUCCAUUGUACAGUUCACUUGCGAUGGCACUUCCUUCCACGACCAGCCACCUGUAAUGGGGCCGAAGGACAUUACCGUCGAAGGAGUCCAGGUGGUUGUCGCCGACUUCAAUGGUGAUGGUUCGGAUGAUGUAUUCCUCGUCUCGUCGCUCUACAGCGGAGGAAACAUUGUCUGUGAGAUAUCGUUCUUCCAGUCCCAGAGUGGCAGGCUCAAGUAUCGCGAUGACAAUCCGUUUGCGAAGAUUGGCGAGAGCAUUUCAUGGACUGACACGACGUCAUUCCUGGCUCUCCCGGAGCAAGAUGGCAAGACGGGGCUGCUCGUGCUGUCUCAGAGCGGCACCGGCUACCUCCAGUACCAGACCCUUCGCAGCACUGGGAAGACGCUUGCUGUCUCGGCUCAAGUUACUACGAGCGUGCUGUACGAUGGGAACAUCACGCUGGGUCAGAGUGCGUCCACAAACUCACUCGACAUCGUCAACAUAUUCGAGGCCGUUGAUGGGACUGAAGUCUCGGUUCUCCAUUUCUACAACGGCUCAUUCGUCAGCAUACGCGGGGUGAAGCAGCCGCCUGGCACCGUUCUCCAAGGUUACAACGUCAACUUUGCGGACAUUCGGGGAAUAGGCAGGGCGGAUUGCUUGUUUACGCUUUAUGACGACUCGAAGGAUGAGCUCUCGUUGUAUACUCUUCCCUGCGCCGGGACUGUGUCCACGCCCGCUGACUUCAUUACGGGAUACACGGGCGGCCUCGGUGCGCAGUUCUCGGUCGCAUACGCCCCGUUGACGGACAAGUCCGUCUACGAUGCACCUCCCACAACCAAGGGAUCUGCCGCUCCGUACGUCAACGCUCUGGCUCGCAUAUGGACAAUGAGCGCUCUCGUGACACCAUCGAGUGCAUCCACGCUGCCCAUCAUGGGCAAGGGCCGUUCGCGGCUGGUCCACUUCCCGAAAUAUGUCGUCAAGCAGAUGUCGAAUUCGGCGGUUCCUUCUACUCAGCCUGAUGGAUUAUCUCAGUCAACGUUCUUCUAUACGAACGGGAGGAUGUCGUUCGACGGGAGGGGCUGGCUGGGUUUCGAGACGAUUCAACAGACGGUGCAGCCUCUUGGAGCAGUAACCACGAACACGUAUCUGCAGGAGUUCCCAUUCAUUGGGCAGAUGUCUCGGACGUUGAUAACCGACGCUGCAAAUUCCAGCAAUCGGUUGAAAGAGUUGACGUAUACAUUGAAUUCCUUCUCUGCGAAUGGCGGCGCCAACUGCUACACCACGAUGCCAGCUGCUCAUCAAACGUUCUACGAGAAUGGCUCACAGACGUUUACGGUCGAUGCUAACCACACCUACGAUUCCUAUGCUAACAUCACCAAGACUGUGAUCUCGGUAACGGGUAAGCCGGAUCUGACGUUGGACCAAACCUAUUCCAACGAUACGUCAAAGUGGCUCAUUGGGAGUAAGCUUUCGGAAUCAGUCACCUCUGGCAGUAACACCUUGAAGCAGUCCAAGUUCGCCUAUCUCUCGGGCACGCAAACCAUCAAUCAUAUCGACGAAUGGGUAGCGGGAACGCAGUGGUCAUCUCAAGAUCUCUCUUUGGAUGCCACCGGAAAUGUGACGACGAUGAAGGGUCCCGGGCCGGCAUACAAGACUCUCGCCUACGAUGACACGUAUUCCUUCCCUACUACGGUCACAACAGCAGUCGACAGCCAGAACUCUCUUACUACGAAAGCGACCUACGAUCUUAGUAUUGGUCAGGUUGCGUCUGUCACAGAUAGCAGCGGAUUCAUCAAGGCCCAGAAGUAUGACGUUCUUGGCCGGCCUCUCGAGUUCUCUGAAGGAAACACAUCAUCGAGCUUGACUGUGAUAGAGAAGCGACAGUACACUACGCUUGAUAGUCAGCCUGUUUGUAUUCGGCAGACGCUCUGCGACUUCUCUUCCAACUCUUGGUCCAAGGAGACAGCGUACCUGGACGGACUCCAGCGACAGUGGAAGACCGCCGUGCUGAGUCCAUCCGAUCCGUCGAUUACGGUUUACAACGAGAUUCGCUACGAUGGCGCUGGCCGAAAAACGAGGCAGUACCGAAGUUACAAGAGCGGCGACACGAAUCCUGAGUAUAUCGAGUAUACUUUUGACAGCAUGUCUCGAAAGAUCAAAGUUGUCUCUCCUGCAGCUAUUGAGGGCGCUAGCGCGGUAACGGCCACAUACCAGUACAGCUACGUCAACGGCCAGACACUCAGCACGGAGACGAAAUCUGGAGGAGGUGAAGACAGCACGACUGUAGUAAGUGCUGUUGAGUAUUUCCCUAAUCCUGACUCUUCCGCGAAGGACUUCGUCAAACCGCUGAUCGUGAGCUCCGUCGAUGAACUCAGUCGGCAGAUCCAAACGACAUACGACCCAAUGCACCGCAUCAUAGCUGUGAUAGACCCCAGCGGCGUUCAAAUAAAUCAGCAGUGGGAUGGUCUCUCGCGACAGCUAGGCCGGCAGAUAUCGAAUCCAAAAGGAACAUCUCCCGACGUGAUCAGUAACUUCUCGGUGCAGUACGAUGACGCUACCAAUACUACCACUGUCCGGAACGAGCUCCUGAAUACAUCAGUUGUCGUGGAGAAGGACUACAUGAACCGACCGACGAAGAAGACCGCUCCCGACGAGGCCCUCACGUUUGUUUACGACACCGCGUCGGCCAACGCACUCGGCCGUCUUGCCUCGGUGAUGUCUUCGAAGGGCGCGGAGGAGUACUAUGCUUACGAUUCCAGAGGCUGCCUGGCCACUUCCACUCUGAAUAUCGACGGCCAAUCCUUCGCGACAUCGUACGAAUAUACUCCUACACGGCAGCUCAGUCGAACGAUUAACCCUGACGGAUCUGAAGUUUCCAAGACGCUGUUCGCCAACAGCGAGACGGUGAACAAAGUUACGCUCAAGGACGGUGCCUCUAGCAAGACCGCGUCCGUAGUUUUCAGCAAUUUCGAGGAUCCAUUCCUCUCUCCUCUCGUCUGUGAUAUGGGCAACAGUUUGAAGUCCAAGGUGACACUCGCCGAAAACGGUGCUCCUCUCAAUGCAAGUCUCUUUAAAGGCAGUUCGACCACCCCUUUAUACCAACAGUCUUGGAAGUUGAACGGUCGUGGCCGAAUUCAGCAAUACGACGACGAUUUUGCCGGAGGUGAUGUUCGGGCAUAUAGCUACGAUCUAGCUGGUCAACUUGUUCAAUCUCAAGCGAGUGGAGGCGCUCAGCCCGCGAUCUUCUCAUAUGACAAGAGCGGGAACAUUGCCGCCAAAGAUGGCAGACAGUUCGUCAACACCGGCUGGCAACUCGAUACCGUCCGCGAUCCGGCGACAAAUAACGUCUAUCGUACCUACGGGUAUUCCGCCGACGGCAACCUGACCUCCGAGAAAGACGCAGAUGGAAAGACUGUUCGCUCCAUGGCCUACGACACGGAGGGGAAGAUGCUGGACUUAAACGGGACAAAGUUCGUCUACAACUUCAGUGGCCGCAUGCUGAAGGCAACGCGCGCCGAUGGGUCCAUAACAUACUAUCCGUCAGAAAGCUACGAAGUCACUAUCAAAGAUCAGGUAACCACGCAGACAUCAUAUCUCCUCUUCCAGCAUCGCCGUGCAAGCAUCAGUACGAUUGUUCAAGACGGAAAGCCGACAGGCACUCCUACCGUGAACUAUUACCACGGCGAUCAUCUGGGGAACAUCAUUGCCGUGUCAGACGACGACGGAGAUGUCGUCACGACGUACAAAUACGAUGCAUUCGGGCAGGUUACUGUCAACGGACCAGACCUCUCUCGAUACAAAUAUAGUGGCAAGGAGAUGUUUGAUGGGUUGUAUUACUUUGGUGCUCGAUUCUACGAUCCUGUGACUGGCCGUUUCGUAACUUUGGACAACAUCACAAUCUCUUUGGCAGGAAUCACUGCAUCAAAGUUCAACCAGUAUACGUUCUCGCAGAAUGACCCCGUCAACUUCAUUGACAUCAACGGUAACGAGUCCUUCUGGUGGCAUUUGGCCUGGCACCUAAUCGUCGAUAUCGCGCUAGUAGCCGCGGGAGUAUUAGCAACCGUCUUCUUGCCUGAAGUCCCGAUUCUUGCCGAGAUGGCAUUUGGUGCCGCGCUCAACGGAUUCAUGUACGAUGGUGAAGCCCUAUGGAAUGCGACAGUCAAUGGAACGUAUGAGAUCAACGACGCCGCGUGGGGUAUUGGGCUUGGUGUCGGUGCGCUGUCAGGUGCGGUGGGGUUCCUAGGCGGCGCAGCAGCAAGCAAGGCGGGCUUCGCGGCGAUCGAGGCCGCAGACAUACUUGGUGCGCGUGUGGGCGGCAAGUUUGUUGGCCAUGAAGUCCUGCAGCUUGCGCAGCGCGGUGCUGUGCAGGUGGCUCUGUCGGGAAUCAACGGCGCCGUGUCAGGUGCAGCGCAGACAGUCCUCACUAAUUUGGCGAAUGGCCAGAAGGACAUCUGGGAUGGCGUGGGUACGUCCGCGGCCAUUGGAGCUAGCACCGGCAUUAUCACUGGGGCGUUCAAGGACUUUGCGAAGUCGAGUGCCAAGGCCCUGAGGAAUCGGACUGAGAGCGAGUUCUUCUACAGCUUGUUGGACGCCAAGUCGACAGUGCCGACCAACGUGUCUACGGAAGUCCGGGGCAUACAGAUACUUUCCUCGCGCAUACUGGACGCUGUAGACGUGCUACCAUUGCAAAAUUUCUCGCGUUCCAGUGGCGGACAACCCAUUCCUCAGCCGAACCUCGCUCCGACCAACGUCCUUCUCGCGGCACCGCAAUCCAAUUUCUUCUAA